AUGGGCAACACAGGAAUAGAUGUGAGAUCGCAAAUCCUUCAGUCGACACUUGAACAGAUCUCCGCCAGUCGCCAAGAAGAUACAGGCAAAGAAGAGAACUGCUGUGUCAUCUGUCUCGAGAGUAUCUCCGAACUCGCCAUAGCGCAGCCUUGCAAACAUGCCAGUUUCGAUUUCCUCUGUUUGAUCAGUUGGUUGGAAGAACAGACAUCAUGUCCUCUCUGUAAGGCCGAAGUUACGACUGUGAAAUACGACUUCAAGGGGAAGCAAUGCAAGACUUAUACGGUGCCUGUCAAACCAGUCGCAAAGCCAGCAAGUACGAAUACCUCGAAUCGAAUAUUUGCCUCUCGUCACAGAAGACCAUAUUCCCAAAGACGCCAGUAUGAACCUCGAGUACAACCUACUGCAGACGAAGCAAUUUUAAGACGUCGCCACAUCUACCAAAACAAACUUUUCUCCCUUCACGUAGGAUCGAAUCGCCUUUCUCGAUUUCGAGAUUUGACACCACAACUCUUCACCAACGACGCCGAACUCAUAUCUCGCGCGCGAAAGUGGAUACGGCGAGAACUCCAAGUAUUUGAAUUUCUGACACCAGAUGCAGCAACCUCUUCUGACCGCCGCGCAAACAACGCCGAGUUUCUAUUAGAAUAUAUAAUCGCUAUCCUGAAGACGGUUGAUAUCCAAGGAAGUGGUGGACAGGCCGAAGAUAUGUUGCAAGAGUUCUUGGGAAGGGAGAAUACAAGAUUAUUUUUACAUGAGAUGAGAGCGUGGUUGAGAAGUCCUUAUAUCUUUCUCGAAGAUUGGGAUAGGGAUGUGCAGUAUAACGAGCGCGAUUCGAAUAAGCAGGCUGAGUGCCAAACGCCAUCACAUGGUCAUAGAGGACCGAGCCGACCUAGAGGGAAUAGAGGGAGGAAUACGGAAAGGACAUACCAGGGACCUUUUACGGGGUCUCGGUACGAUCGUGGGAGUCGUCGCUUAGCGCCAUAUCAGCGCAGACAGAACAGGCCUGGAGGUUGA